CCGUGUUCCUCUCGUUCUCCUGCACGUCGCGUCCUCCAGCAACAGUCACUCGUCUCUCUUUUAAAGCUUCUGUUUUCCUUCUCUCUUCGUCUCUUCCUUCAUCAUCUCUGCAUCUCUUUCAUUGAGUUCCCUGAAGGUUUGUCGAUUGAUGCGGGCUUUCAUCACGACAGCUUCUUUAACAAUCGUCUACUCUUCAACCCUCUGAUUGAGUAUUAAGAAUUGAUCCCCGCCAUAACCCAUCUCGUCGUCUUUGAAAGGACUUUUACAGACGCGUCCUUUGGUGAAGGACUUUGACGAAGAUGUUCGUCUACAAGCGCGAUGGCCGCAAGGAGCGCGUCCAGUUUGACAAGAUCACUGCUCGUGUCUCUCGUUUAUGUUACGGCCUCGACGGUGACCAUGUUGACCCUGCUGCCAUUACCCAGAAGGUCAUUUCGGGUGUGUAUCAGGGUGUCACAACGGUUGAGCUUGACAACUUGGCCGCCGAGACUGCUGCAUACAUGACCGUCACACAUCCCGACUAUGCUAUUCUUGCCGCUCGUAUUGCCGUUUCGAAUCUUCACAAGCAGACCAAGAAGCAAUUCUCUGCAGUGAUCUCAGAUCUUUAUCACUAUAUCAACCCAAAGACCAAGAAACACUCCCCGAUGAUCUCGGAUGCCACAUACCAAACAAUUAUGAAACAUGCGGACGAGUUAAAUUCGGCCAUUGUUUAUGACAGAGACUUCAACUACCAAUACUUUGGCUUCAAGACUCUUGAGCGGUCCUAUCUCUUGAAGAUUGACAAGCGGAUUGCUGAGCGCCCGCAGCACAUGAUUAUGCGUGUCGCUGUUGGAAUUCACGGUGAGGACAUUGAGAAGGCUAUCGAGACUUACCACCUCAUGUCCAACCGUUAUUUCACUCAUGGCUCUCCGACCUUGUUCAAUGCUGGUACGCCUCAGGCCCAGCUUGCCUCUUGCUUCCUCGUUGAUAUGAAGGAGGACAGCAUUGAAGGUAUCUACGACACCCUCAAGACUUGCGCCAUGAUCUCCAAGAAUGCCGGAGGAAUUGGAUUGAACAUUCAUCGCAUCCGUGCAACCAACUCCUACAUUGGCGGUACCAAUGGUAGCUCCAAUGGCAUUGUCCCCAUGCUUCGCGUGUACAACAACACUGCCCGCUACGUCGACCAGGGUGGUAACAAGAGACCAGGUGCCUUUGCCAUCUACCUUGAGCCGUGGCACGCUGAUGUCUUUGAGUUUUUGGACCUCCGCAAGAACCACGGCAAGGAGGAAGUCCGCGCCCGUGACCUCUUCUACGCUCUGUGGACCCCUGAUCUUUUCAUGAAGCGUGUCGAGAAGAACGGCGAAUGGACUCUUUUCUGCCCGCACGAGGCCCCUGGUCUCGCGGAUGUGUAUGGUGACGAGUUUGAAGAGCUCUAUGAAAGAUAUGAGCGCGAAGGCCGCGGCCGCAAGACGAUCAAGGCUCAGAAGCUUUGGUAUGCCAUUCUCGAGGCUCAAACCGAGACUGGCAACCCAUUCAUGCUCUACAAGGAUGCUUGCAACCGCAAGAGCAACCAAAAGAACCUGGGCACCAUUCGCAGCUCCAACCUUUGCACUGAAAUUAUCGAGUACAGUGCCCCCGAUGAGGUUGCUGUCUGCAACCUUGCAUCAAUGGCUCUUCCGACUUUCGUUGACAUUGUCAAUGGCGAGUACAACUUUGCCAAGCUUCACGAGGUUACCCAGGUUGUUGUGCGUAACCUGAACAAGGUCAUUGACGUCAACCACUACCCCGUUGAGGAGGCCAAGCGCAGCAAUCUUCGUCACAGACCGAUUGCCCUCGGUGUCCAGGGUCUUGCCGAUGCUUUCCUUGCCCUGCGCAUUCCCUUCGACUCGCCCGAGGCUAGAAAAUUGAACACUCAGAUCUUCGAGACCAUGUAUCACGCCGCCCUCACCGCUUCUUGCAGGCUUGCUCAGGAGGAGGGUCCUUACUCCUCCUACGAAGGCUCGCCCGUGUCUCAGGGCACCCUUCAGUAUGACAUGUGGGGAGUUACGCCCACUGAUCUUUGGGAUUGGAGUGCUUUGAAGGCGGAGAUUGCAAAGCACGGCAUUCGCAACAGUCUGCUGGUUGCUCCUAUGCCGACUGCUAGCACCAGUCAGAUUCUUGGCUUCAACGAGUGCUUCGAGCCUUACACUUCCAACAUUUACUCCCGACGUGUGCUUGCUGGAGAGUUCCAAGUUGUCAACCCCUGGCUCCUGAGGGAUCUGGUUGACAUGGGUCUUUGGUCGGAUCACAUGAAGAACCGUAUCAUUGCUGACGGUGGCUCCAUCCAAAACAUUGCCAGCAUCCCCGCAGACCUCAAGGCUCUUUACAAGACCGUCUGGGAAAUCUCUCAGCGCACCAUUGUGCAAAUGGCUGCGGACCGUGGUGCUUUCAUUGACCAGUCCCAGUCGCUGAACAUUCACAUGAAGGAGCCUACCAUGGGCAAGAUCACUAGCAUGCACUUUGCCGGCUGGAAACUUGGUCUCAAGACCGGCAUGUACUACCUCCGUACCAUGGCGGCCGCUGCGCCCAUUCAGUUCACCGUCGACCAGGAGCAACUGAAGGUGGAUGACAUGGCUGUGGCUCAGAAUGCCAAGCCUAAGAAGAGAGGCACCCCCUUUGGCAACUACUCUUCGACUGCUCAGCAUGCCAUUCCUCGCCCAAUGUACAUGUCAAAGCCGACGAGGGAGUCUCCUGACCGGAGCCCCUCCACGACACCCCCACCCAUGCCUCAGUCAAAGAUGGUUCCUCCGUCCCCGCACAAGGAUGCCAUCACCGCCCCUCCAUUCAAGGCUGAUCUCGAGGAGGGUGACAGUCCCCGCCUUUUGAGCGCUGACCCUUUUGGUAUGCCUGAGAAGGAUGAGUCGCUUCCCGACCCGGCCAUUAAGCAGGCGAGGAAGCAGGAGGAAGAUAAGGAGGAUGACAGCAACGGUCGUGAGGGAGACAUUUAUUCCGACAAGGUUUUGCAAUGCAGCAUUGAGAACAAGGAUGCAUGCGUCAUGUGCAGUGGUUAGAAGCGAUCAUUUGAGCGGCAUUCUGUAAUUGCCUUUUUUUUUUUCCUUUUAUUCCAUUCUUUUUUUCUAGGAUUCUUUUAUUCAUUGGCGGAUGGGUGGUUUUCUGGCGCUU